UCAAAAUUGGUACACAUAAACAUCACUUUUUUGGAUUACAAUUCUCAGAAUCUCCCAACUCACAGUUACAAUGCUGGCCAAGGCAUUCUGGGGGUUUUACAUACCAAAAAGUCACAUUUCUAAGCUCUCACUUGAAUUACACUCAUAUCUUGUAAUCCGUUCCUAAUCAACCUCCUCGAAAAAAACGGGUAGACAACUACUAAUAGAAUUUCAUUGAAAUAAGGUAGAUUUCAAAGAACACAUAUCACAUUGAUUUAGGUAAAUGUUUGGCCAUUUUGUGUUCUGUUCUCAUCACCUUACUUGAAUCCCGGUGACAAAGAGUUGAGGGAAAGAACUUUUUUGAAUAUGAGCUCAUUUAAAGGAAAGAAACAGACCAGGGUCCCCAAAUCUAUACUCCUCCCUGACAUACUGAGUUACAGCAAAGCUGCAGAAAUAUUGAGUUUAAAAGAUACAAUGGUCUCCAUGUGGAAUAGCAGAAGUAAAGCUGGGGUUUUUAUUUUUCAUGCAAAUAUUAUUUUGUUCAAAAUUGAAAAGCACAGCAGUAUAUGUGUGCUUUAGUUUUAGAAACUCCAGCUGAGCAACAGGGAUGACAAUGGAGCCAGACGGCAGGAACCAGCCAACCAGAAAGGGCAGCUCUCCGUCUAUAAAACCCAGACUCAAACAUAGAUAGAAUUCACACAGCCAGGGGAAUCAGCUGCAUUCAGAUUUAGCACCUGUUACCGGCACCAGUAAAGAGAUUAUUUGGCUUAAAUUUGGGAUUUAAUUGAUAUAUGUUUUAGUUUAAUUUACUGUUUAGGUAAAAUCUAUGAUGGCUUAUAGGAUGCCUGGCUUUGUUUUGUUUUUGAUUUACUAAUGUAAAUAUAAUAGGUUCUGACAAAAUUUAUUAUAACAGUAUCUGUUUGGAGAGGAAGCAAGAGCUGUUCUGAGCUAGCAAGGAAGUGAAAGGAUAGGAGAAGAGGGGUCAUAGCAUUUUAGAAGUAGUUACCUCCACCCCAGAAGGCAAGAUUAGAAUAGAGAGAGAAUAACCAAAAUAUAUUGUGACCAUUGCAUGUUUGCAAAAGCCUUUUCAGCUUUUCAGGAAAACUGAAGGUUGGGAAGGGGGUAUUGGAGAGGAAGGGAUUUUGAAGUUAUCUUAAUGUUAGCUGACUCCGACUCUCCACAGAAUAAGAAAGAAAUAAUAGGACAAAAUAUUUGGGGAUGAAAUGGUUCAGUAUUUGUGGGAAGCAUUCAGGCUUCUUGUGAUCCAGUCAGAAGGGAGCAAACAAUCUGAUCAGAAAUAAUUUUGAAAGAGGACAGGAGACUCUCAUCUAUCACUCACAACAGAUUGUAGGAUUUGCCUCGGUAAUAACCCCCAAUUAUUUUUGCAUCUUUGUCAAUGGAGAAGAAUAGCACUUAUUUCAACAGCUUCACGGACAGCUCUUUGCUGGAUAACACUGAUCCACAGAAUGAGGCUACCAACCAAACUGCCCUCUACACCCGAGAUGAAGAACUUGCCAAGGCUGAGAUUGGGGUUCUGGCUGCUAUCCUGGCAGUGACUUUGGUGGGAAAUCUGGGGGUCCUUCUGACCAUGUACCAUCUGAGGAAGAAGAUGAGCCGCAUGCACCUUUUUAUCCUGCACCUGGCCCUGACUGACCUGGUCGUAGCCCUCUUCCAGGUAUUUCCCCAGAUGAUUUGGGAAGUGACCUAUCGCUUCCAGGGGCCUGACCCUCUUUGCAAGCUUGUCAAGUACCUGCAGGUGUUGAGUAUGUUUGCCUCCACCUAUAUGCUCAUUGCCAUGACACUGGACCGCUACAUGGCAGUCUGCCACCCGCUGCGCACCCUCCAGCAGACCAGCUGCCAGGCUUACCUGAUGAUCGGAUCCACUUGGUUGCUCAGCUGCUUGCUCAGUUUGCCACAGAUCUUCAUCUUCUCGGUGAGAGAGGUGCGUCAGGGUUCUGGUGUGUUAGACUGUUGGGCUGAAUUUAGGUACCCCUGGGGAUCCAAGGCGUAUGUCACAUGGAUGACUUUGUGUGUCUUUGUGUUGCCAGUGGCCAUCCUCACCCUUUGCUAUGGCCUAAUUUGCCACAAGAUCUGCAAAAAUCUUCGAGGAAAAACUAAGAGUGGUGGUUCUUGCAGGGCAACGACUUCCAUUUCCUAUACAGGUCAGAAGGGAGCAGAGUGCCAUGGUGGUUCUCGAGUAAGCAGUGUUCGUACCAUCUCUCGUGCCAAAAUCCGUACAGUGAAGAUGACCUUUGUCAUUGUGAUGGCCUAUGUGGCCUGCUGGGCACCUUUCUUCAGUGUGCAGAUGUGGUCGGUGUGGGACAAGGAUGCACCAAAUGAUGAGUCCAGCAAUGUAACUUUUACCAUCACCAUGUUGCUGGCCAGCCUCAGCAGCUGCUGUAACCCUUGGAUUUACAUGUUCUUCAGUGGACAUCUGUUUCACGAUGUCUUCCACUUUUUUGCAUGCUGUGGAAGCCUUCACUCCAAUUUCAAGCGGCAGUUCUCCAAUGGAAGUCUCUGCAGCCGAAAGACCACCAUCUUGACGCACAGCCCCCAAAGUACCCCAGCUGCUGCUGCUGCUGCUGGGCUUGAAAUGCAGCUGGGGAGCUUGAAGGAUUUCUACCAGCCUUAUGAGGAAACUGUGAGUGAUUCGGGGAUACUCUAAACUAUAGCGGUGGACUGAGGCAUUGCCUUUGGAUGAUAAUUAUUCUCCAUCUCUAGCUUACAAAUGUGGAGGAACAGGAAGGCUACAAUUUGUGCUGGAUUGAAGAAAAUCUUCAUUCACGAUUGUUAUAGAGUUUGGAAAAUUGCGUUUUAAAAAGAAUAAUUACAUACCAUUCUCAGGCAACAAAAUGUAGUUAGUUAACAUUGUAGUUGCAUUUUUAGCAAAAGCUGUUUCCGUUUGUGUUAUUCAGAAAUGACUGUCAACAUGGACUGCUAGCUUGCACUACACAAUGCUGCACUACAAGCUGCUGCUACCGAGUACAUGAUGUAUCUCUAUAUAACAAAGCUACAUCCCUGUAACUGUAAAAGUAACUAAAACAGUUAAUUUCACACUGCAAAACAAAUAUAUCCUUUGUUACCUUAUAGUAAUUGGAAUAUAGAUUAGUUAUCCCUCAGAUGUAUCAAAAGAAAAAGAAAAACAACUGGUUCAAGUAACUCUUAGUUAGUUCCAAGGACUGGUUUUGUACAAAUCUGCUUGUUUCAGUCAAAAGAGAAUAGUAACACUCAUUUUCUACUUACUGGUAUCUGUUUUGAAAUUGUAUCAUUUGGGCUUUACAAAGAGUGUACGUGAACACAAGGAAGAUGAUAAAAGUAGGCAGCAUUGCUAUUUGACUUCAGGCACAGUCUCUGAAUCAGUCUCUUUUAUAAGAUUCUGCCCCAUUGAAUUAAGGGUCCAUCCAAUCCCAUACCAUAUCUUAACCAUUCCCUAUACUUAAGAAUCAUGUCUCCUGGUUGCUAGAAACAGGAAUGAGACACCUGCUUGCUACCCUGUGAGCCUCCCAUGGCUAGGAUGCCAUUCUAGCUGGUUGGUGACAGUCCCAGCUGGUAAUUGCCACAUCUACUAUUUCUCCCUCAGAACUAAGAAAAAAAGCAGCAUGAUGCAAUUUCUUCCCACAAAUCUGGUAUAUAUAAUGUCUUUGAGUAUUGCAUGUUUAUUAAAUUAAUAAUCCUUGAGAAACUUUUAUUUCUUUGAAUCAGUCUAAUCCUUUUUAGAGCUUCCAAGUAAUUGGUCAUCAUUUUCUGUGGCAGUGAGUGAAUUGUAUAGUUUAAUUAUGUAUUACGCAGAAAAAUGCUUAUAUCUUUUUGUCUUUAGACUAUUUGCAAUAGUCAUCGAUUCCAUCUAAAUUUUAGUGUUAUGAGAGAGGGCAAAUAAUAUAAGAUAAAACUAAAAUAAAAUUCCCUGAGCAAUGCCAGACCAGAAGCUAAUCAGUGGCAAUGGCAGAUGGUGCACCUCCACCAAUCACUGUGCAGAUUGUAACCUGCACCAACUUACACUAAUCAGCACUUGAGGUGGCAAAAGUCUAUUGCUUGAAUAGCUGUCAAACUUCUAUAAAUGUCUUUGUGUGCAUUUAUUGCCUUGAUGUCUGAUUUGAGAGUGUAGAUUUUUUUCACACCUACUUUGGCCAAAGUGAAUAAAUGUCUGAUACUUGCCUGCAAUCCACCUGUGUCUCAUUUGAUAUUUGGAGGCUAGGUAUGCUGAGACUCUGCAACUGCCAUUUUUGCAGAGCUGAAAUCACACACAUCACAGGACACAGGGUUUUAUUUGCAAGGUUAGUUCAGAGGGAUUUUCAGCUUUUGAGGCUGAAAAAAAUGUGAUGUGCCCAAGCUCACUCAGUGGGUUUCCAUGGUUGAGUGGGAAUUCAAAUUCUAGUAUCCAGAAUCCUAGCCCAACACAAAACACUACUCUGUAUACAAGUUUAUGAUUCCUGAUCUGAAAAUCAAAAAUUUUCCAAAAUCUGAAAUUAUCCACGUGGGUGGCUGAGAUAUUGACACCUUUACUUUUUGAUUAUUUAAUGUAUACAAACUUAGUUUCAUGCACAAGAUUGUUUAAAAUAUAUACGUUCAGGGUAUGUGUAUAAAGUGUAUAUGAAACAUAAAUAAAUUUCCUGUUCAGACUUUGA